CAUGGAGGGGCAAAAGCAUUAUUUGCUUGACUUGCUUAAAAAAAAAAGGGAAAGUCAGAAAAAAAGAAAAUCCCAUUCCAUGUUUCACAGAUGAAAAAAAGCCGUCCUGCUUUACCAUACCGCACGCGCACGCAAUUACUGUACUCAGGGGUCCAAGAUUCGUAUAAUUUUCAACCGAGCCAGUAGCAUUAGGUUUACAAACAGGCAAACACCUCGACGAAUUUAGACGACAUCUGACCGUUUCGUCGUACAUGCUGUGGACCGACGAGGCAGGCGUAGCUAGCUGAAAGCGUGCUCUGUUACUCGUUGCUCCUCGCAAGUGGCACCACACCAACAGAGUCUAUUAGCAAUCAAUCAAGCGACUACAUCCGCUCGCUUCCUUGGCUGCAUACCCAACAACUAACUUGCACUCGAACGAUUCCGUCUUGCCCGUUGGUUGUUUUUGCUUUUUGCUUUUAAUUACACAAGAAGAAGAGCAUCCGCCCCCUCCCCUCUCUCUAUUUUGCGGGAAGCCGACUCUUUGAUACACCAAGUCUGCCUUUACUUUUACCACGUACACGACAAAGCCGGAGGUCACCGCUUUAUCCGUUUCAACUUUCGGGAACUGCCACACAAGCCCGGGCAGCCCAUCACAAUAUUUAAUUGGAGCAUCUGAAAGCAGCGAGCGCCAUCGACGUUGCGGCGCACAUCCACCAUGGCAAAGCCCCGCCUCAUCAUUCUUAUCAGGCACGCUCAGUCGGAAGGAAACAAGAAGCGCGAGAUACACCAGACGAUUCCCGACCACCGUGUGAAACUGACCCAGGAUGGCUGGCAGCAAGCCUACGAAGCCGGACGUCGCCUGCGUUCCUUGCUGCGCGCCGAUGACACGCUACAAUUCUUCACCUCCCCCUAUCGCCGAACCCGAGAAACUACCGAGGGCAUCCUAGCCACUCUGACCGCCGACGAGCCCGACCCGUCACCCUUCAAGCGGGAGAAGAUCAAGGUGUACGAGGAGCCGAGGCUACGCGAGCAGGACUUUGGCAACUUCCAGCCAUGUAGCGCCGAAAUGGAGCGCAUGUGGCAGGAGCGCGCCGACUAUGGCCACUUCUUCUACCGCAUCCCAAACGGCGAGAGUGCUGCAGACGCCUACGACCGUGUCAGCGGUUUCAACGAGAGCUUGUGGCGCCAGUUUGGCGAUGAAGACUUCGCGAGCGUCUGUGUCCUCGUGACUCACGGUCUCAUGUCACGAGUCUUCCUCAUGAAAUGGUACCACUUUAGCGUCGAGUACUUUGAGGAUCUACGCAAUGUGAACCACUGCGAGUUUCUCAUCAUGCGCCAGAGAGAAGGCACUGGAAAGUACGACCUCGAGAACAAGCUUCGAACCUGGUCGGAGCUGCGUAGAGAGCGUGCUCAGCACCAGAAGGAAAAGGAGAAGGAGAGGGUGGAGGCGAAAGAUGCCACAAGUGGCAGCGCUGUAGUCGCGGCCAGGAGCAUCAACGGCAGCACUAGCGUCAAGUCUACGGCACCAUCGUCCUCAACCACAUCACCUCGCCGUUGGGGCGGGUGCCCGGACGGCUGCAACCACGACAAAAACUUCAAGAUCCGAUCAGCAUUGGCAGACCUCAUCCAGCAGGACGGCACCAACGUGUACGAUAACCCAACGCCAGCCACCAGUGUUCACUCCGGCCAGGAAUCGGUCAAGAAUGGGACAGAGGAGCCUGGCUCGACGGCCUCUGAAGCCGACGUAUACCUCAACAAGAAGAAGCUCUUGACAAGCUCUUCUUCGACUUCCAUAUCGUCCACAUCGAUCGUCAGCCGGAGACCCAACGCACCUCGCCGCUUUCAAUCGGGUGGUAGCGGAGAUGCAUCAGCCGCAGAUGCGAGCGGGACCCCUCUUGUGAUAGAGCCGGCCAUUGACAUUGAUCGCGCACGUGAUGAGGUUGUCAGCUCGCCCGAUGGCACGCCGUCUUUUAUCUCGGUGGAUGUUCGUCUACGCUCGCAGGUUGAGUCGCCCAACAACAAACCGCCAUUCCUGCACGUCGGUCGUGAUUUUGGCGGUACUUAUAGCGGCCACACCAGCGACGCCGACUCAUCGGAGGAUGAGACGGCCCGCAGCCGCAUUGCCCGUGCUAAGCUCCAGUCACAGAAGAGUUCCAAUCUGUCCGCGACGGUUACUAUGGACCCACGAACCAAGGCCGGGGCAUCCACAGUAGACGGAGCAGCCGAUGCUGUCAAGCCCUGUUGUCAUCACGGCAAGGCAAGCAUCGACUCUGCGGCCGCCACUGCGACUACGAUUGGAAAUGGGACUAAUAGCACCAAGGAAACCAAAAAUGGUGACAAGCGCGACCGAAGCAUCAUGGGCCGCGGUGCUUAUGCCAACAGGCUCGGGGAUGCGCCGCACUGCGACCACCAUCAGCACGAUCACGACCACAGCGAUCCAGAUCUGCAAGAGAAGCAGGACAACGAGACUUCUGACAGCGACCAUAACAGGACCGCCCAGGACUGGGAUGGCGACGAGGUCGAGGUCGACGCCGAGCCAGAAGAGGGCCAACCUCUCGGCAGAACUCUGACUCAAGCCGAAAAGGAGGACAAGAGUCUCCGUGGCAGCGUAUACUGAGAGAGCAAUUUUGAGAUCUGAUUUGGCAGCUUGGUCUACCAGAUAAAUGAUGCGGGUCUAUGACAUAUAUAUCUUAUCUACUUGAGCAUUUCACCGCGACCGGAACUUGUUGGCAUGACUUCUAUAUCACGACUUAGUAUUAGUACUGUAGUAUAUUGAGACUUGAUACUGGCGGCGAUACAUGUAAACUAGCGGGCGUUAUUUCUGACGAAAUUAGAAUAAAUGAAAAAGCCAAUUUAUGUCAUUUAAACAAACUUCUCAACUCGCGAGGGG